AUGGCUGAAACUGUUUUGUAUUACUUCCCUAUUAAGGCUCGUGCCGAAAGUAUCAAGAUCGCGCUCGGUUUGGCGCAUGUCCCCUACACCUUCAAGGCUGUCGAGAAUUGGGCUUUUGAGAAGGAAGAGGGACUGAAGAAUGGAACUCUGCCCUUUGGUCAGGUACCUAUGUUGCAUAUUGAUGGCAUGGAUAUCGUCCAGUCUUUGGCCAUUCUGAGAUAUAUUUCUCGCAAGUAUCUUUCGAAGGAUAUGGAUGAGGUUACCAAUGUUCAUCUUGAUAUCAUGCUGGAUGGAUGGGGCGAUAUGCUCAACCUCUACUACCGCUAUGCCUUCCAUGAGAAGGAGCAUUUACCCGAGUUCAUGGAAGGCAAAUGCAAGGAAGAGUUGAAGAAGCUCGAGAAUCUGUACCUUCGCUAUGGAAAGCGCUUCAUGGUUUCGGAUGCUCCUACGGUUGCUGAUGCCUUCGCUUAUUCUGUACUUAUCAAUGUUGAAAAGGGAAAGGAAACGAUUCUUGAUGAUUUCCCUGCUCUCAAGAAGUGGAAGACUGAUUUUGAGAAUGUGGAAGAAGUGAAGGCCUAUUUGGCUGUGUAAUGAAUGGUUGAAUAACCAUUUGAGUGAAAUCGAUUCAAUAAGAAUGGAA